AGAUAGUUUUAGGAUAUCUUUGUUUAUGAUGGAGAAAAUUCGCGACAAAGGAGGGCGAUUUAUCUCCAAAGGAAAACAAAGUAAAAUAACAUCGAUUAAAUGUAAUAGGCAGAAGAAUGUGGCAGUUGAGGUCCCUUCUACAAAUUCUCAAGCUGAUCCUGACGAUCCACUGCCUAUUCCAAAUGAUGAUUUCCCAAAUCCAAUCCACAUUUUGGAGCAUAACUAUGCCUACGAUCUAUCAAUACACGGAGACUGUGAAGAGGAAGUAGUUCCAGUGCUUAUUGAUGACGAAGAUACAUCACAUGUCAUACAGUGGAACACAGGAAGAAGAAUUGUUGAAUUGGAAUUUAUUGUGAAUAAACUUAUAGAGGGUUGUUGUAAAUGUAAACAAUCUUUGAAUUUGAGAGACAUUUGUGGUGAACAGAGAUAUGGACUAGGUUCCUUAUUACAUAUCAAGUGUAAUUUCUGUACCACAGUAAACUAUGUUCCCACAGGAAAACGCCAUUCUCGCUCGGACAAUAAUGGGAUACGAGCAUUUGAUGUGAACACAAAAGUUGCACUAGGGAUGCUCCAUGCAGGCAUUGGCGAGAAAAAAUUAUCUAUGCUCCUAAGUGUACUGAACAUCCCACCACUAUCAAAGACCUCUUUGAAAACCUCUGAAAGACAAGUUGGUCGAGCAGUUGAAGAUGUUGCCAAAAAAAGUUGUAAAGAGUUUGCUAAUGCAGAGCAGGAAUCAUUUGGGUAAUACUAAUAAAUCUUUGUACAGGACCAGUGUUUGAUAGAUUCUGUCCUCAUAUUUCUUUGUUAUGACCCACACAUUUGAAAGGAAAUGGUGUAUAUAAUUUUGUUAAUAAACUAUUGCUAGGCAAAUAAUAAAAUAUCUCUGGCUAUAUAAAUAUGAGAACUGUAAUUAUCAGUAAUGC